UAUAUUCUCGUGUCCAAGUAGGACGAGAAACGCAGCAUCUGGACAAAGUGCGCACAGGGUUUUAUAGCCAGCUGGCUCACCACCAUCAACAACCACCUUGUUUUCUUGGUUAAUCCUCCCGUCACUCCCCCAUUUUCACUUUCUGUUUCAUCUCUAUCUAUUCACCACUCUAUACUUACGUAAUUUACAGCUGCUCCUCGAUGUACUUGAGAUCUAAUUAAUUAGGGUUUUGCAAGCGUCAGAUGACAACCGCCGUUCAAUCGCACCGUUUCUUUGCUCCGGCGGCCGCUGCCGGCGCCGGAAACGUGGACGCGCUCAAUAGAGUUCUGAAUGAUCUUUGCACUAGAGCCAAUCCUCAAGAUGGUGCUACAUUAGCUUUAAGAAAACAUGUGGAGGAAGAAGCUCAUGAUCUUAGUGGGGAGGCUUUCUUUCGUUUUAUGGACCAAUUGUAUGAGAGAUUAACUAGUCUUUUAGAAAGCAAUGAUGUCAGUGAGAAUUUGGGGGCUUUAAGAGCUAUUGAUGAAUUAAUAGAUUUGAAACUUGGUGAGAAUGCCUCGAAGGUUUCAAAGUUUUCUAACUACAUAAGAACUGUAUUCGAGUCUAAGCGUGACCCUGAAAUAUUAAUCCUAGCGAGUACAGUUCUUGGCCAUUUAGCCAGAGCUGGUGGUGCAAUGACAGCAGCUGAGGAUGAGCAUCAGGUAAAAAUUGCGCUGGAGUGGCUUCGUGGAGAACGAGUUGAGUACCGUCGUUUUGCUGCUGUUUUAAUCUUAAAAGAAAUGGCUGAGAAUGCGUCAACAGUGUUUAAUGUUCAUGUAGCUGAUUUUGUGGAUGCUAUAUGGGUUGCACUGAGGGACCCAACAUUGGCUGUUCGAGAACGGGCUGUGGAGGCAUUGCGUGCUUGUCUACGUGUUAUUGAAAAGCGGGAGACACGUUGGCGUGUACUGUGGUACUACCGCAUGUUUGAAGCUACCCAAGAUGGAUUGGGUAAAAAUGCUCCUGUUCACAGCAUACAUGGUUCUUUACUUGCUGUGGGGGAGUUACUAAGGAAUACCGGCGAGUUCAUGAUGUCAAGGUACCGAGAAGUAGCUGAAAUUGUUCUGACAUACUUAGAACACCGAGAUCGACUCGUCCGUCUCAGCAUAACUUCUCUGCUUCCUCGCAUUGCACAUUUCCUGCGUGAUCGUUUUGUGACAAACUACCUUACAAUAUGCAUGAAUCACAUUCUUGCUGUUCUUAAAAUACCUGCCGAACGUGCCAGUGGAUUUAUUGCUCUUGGGGAGAUGGCCGGUGCUUUGGAUGGUGAACUUUACAAUUAUUUGCCGACAAUAAUGUCUCACAUUCGUGAUGCAAUUGCCCCUCGUAGAGGUAGACCCUCACUUGAAGCUUUGGCAUGUGUUGGAAACAUAGCAAAAGCAAUGGGGCCUGCUAUGGAACCCCAUGUGCGGAGUCUUUUGGAUCCUAUGUUUGCUGCUGGUUUAUCCUUUACACUAGUAGAAGCCCUGGAGCAAAUAACUAUUAGCAUCCCCUCGUUGUUGCCUACUAUCCAAACCCAAUUGCUGGAAUGCAUUUCAGCAGUUCUUUCACAAUCACAUUAUGCCCAGACUAAGCCAUCUAUUACUUCAAAUCGACCAAAUGUGGCUAGUACCACUCAGCAAAUAUCCGAGCUUAGUAAUUCUGCUCUAGUGCAAAUAGGUUUGCAAGCUCUUGCACGGUUUAAUUUUAAGGGUCAUGAUCUGCUCGAGUUUGCAAGAGAAUCUGUUGUCGUAUAUUUGGAAGACGAGGAUGGGAAGACCAGGAAAGAUGCUGCUCUUUGUUGCUGCAAAUCAGUAUCAAAUGCUUUCUCCGAAAUGUUGCCCUUACAGUAUGUCCCCGGCAGGUCCAUUCGAGCUAGAGGAAAGAGAAGACGUCUUAUAGAAGAGAUCGUGGAAAAACUUCUCAUUGCAGCUGUGACUGAUGCUGAUGUUAUUGUGCGACGUUCGAUUUUCUCUUCUCUAAAUGGAAAUGGCGGUUUUGAUGAUUUUCUUGCACAAGCAGAUAGCUUGACUGCUAUAUUUGCGGCAUUAAAUGACGAGGAUUUUGUAGUUCGUGAAUUUGCGAUAUCUGUAGCUGGUAGGUUAUCUGGAAAAAAUCCAGCUUAUGUUCUUCCAGCUCUUCGUCGCCAUCUUAUCCAGCUGCUAACAUAUCUAGAACAAAGUGCGGAUAGCAAAUGCAAAGAGGAAAGCGCAAACUUGUUGGGUUGCUUGAUUCGGAAUUGUGAACAACUUAUUCUCCCCUACAUCGCUCCAAUACAUAAGGCACUUGUGGUGAAAUUAAGUGAAGGGACCGGCGUGAAUGCUAAUAAUGGUAUUAUCUGUGGAGUUCUUGUUACUGUUGGGGAUCUUGCUAGAGUGGGUGGUUUUGCCAUGAGACGGUAUGUCCCAGAACUUAUGCCAUUGAUUGUUGAAGCAUUGUCGGAUGGCCCUGCCGCCACAAAACGUGAAGUGGGAGUUGCAACUCUUGGUCAAUUGGUACAGAGUACAGGUUAUGUCAUAACUCCAUAUAAUGAGUAUCCUCAGUUGCUUGGCUUACUAUUAAAAUUGCUGAAUGGUGAACCAGCAUGGUCUACAAGGCGAGAAGUGUUGAAGGUAAUUGGAAUAAUGGGCGCUUUAGAUCCCCAUGUUCAUAAGCGAAAUGAACAGAGACAGACCUUGCCAGGGUCAAAUGGUGAAGUCACCUGGGCAGCUGGUGAUACUGGACAGCACAUUCAGUCUACAGAUGAAUUACCUAUGGAUCUUUGGCCGUCUUUUGCAACAUCGGAAGAUUAUUUCUCCACGGUUGCAAUUAAUUUUCUGAUGCGAAUUCUUAGGGAUCCUUCCUUAUCUAGUUACCACAAAAAAGUAGUCGGAGCUCUUGUUUUUAUAUUUAAGUCAAUGGGUCUUGGCUGCAUUCCUUACUUACCGAAGGUUCUACCUGAUCUCCUGCAAACCGUUCGUACGUGUGAAGACGGACUUAAGGAUUAUAUAACCUGGAAGCUUGGAACACUGGUGUCUGUUGUGCGUCAGCACAUCCGUAAAUAUCUUCCAGAAUUGCUCUCUCUGAUAUCAGAAUUAUGGUCAUCCUUCAGCUUGCCAGCUGCAAACCGUCCAGUGCAUGGAUAUCCUACUCUGCAUCUAGUUGAACAACUUUGCUUGGCACUAAAUGAUGAAUUUAGAAGUUAUCUCCCUGUAAUUCUUCCAUGUUGUAUUCAAGUUUUGAGUGAUGCUGAACGUUGUAGUGAUUUCACUUAUGUUCAUGACAUUCUUCACACCCUUGAAGUAUUUGGUGGGACCUUGGAUGGAUACAUGCAUCUCCUGCUGCCUGCACUUAUUCGGUUGUUAAAAGUGGAUGCAUCUGUGGAUGUAAAGCGUUCAGCUAUCAAAACUCUAAUAAGAUUGAUCCCACGAGUGCAGGUUACAGGUCAUAUAUCAGCGCUUGUGCAUCAUCUGAAGCUCGUCUUGGAUGGGAAAAGUGACGAGCUCUGCACAGAUGCUGUUGAUGCACUUUGUUGCCUAGCUCAUGCCCUUGGAGAGGACUUCACCAUUUUUAUUCCUUCAAUUCACAAGAUCUUACUGAAACUUCGGUUGCGGCACAAGGAAUUUGAAGAAAUUGCAGGGCACUUGCAAAGACGUGAGGUGCUUAUUCUAGGAAGUACAGAUGCUCAAAGGUUAAUUCAACAAGUUCCUGUUGAGGUUAUUAGUGAUCCCCUGAGUGAUGUGGACAAUGACUCGAAAGAGGAUAAACUAGAUAUGCACCGACAGCUCAAAAGUCACGAGGUUAAUGAGGGUAGACUACGAACUGCAGGGGAGGCUUCUCAGCGCAGUACAGAAGAAGAUUGGGCAGAAUGGAUGAGACAUUUUAGCAUUGAACUUCUAAAGGAAUCACCCUCACUAGCUUUACGAACUUGUGCAAGGCUUGCACAGUUACAGCCUUUUGUGGGACCGGAGCUUUUCGCAGCUGGUUUUGUUAGCUGCUGGUCACAACUGAAUGAUGCUAGUCAUAGACAACUAGUUCGGAGCCUAGAGAUGGCAUUCUCUUCUCCUAAUAUUCCUCCUAAAAUUUUAGCUACGCUCCUUAACUUGGCUGAGUUCAUGGAACAUGACGAGAGGCACCUGCCUAUAGACAUCCGACUGCUUGGUGCUCUUGCUGAAAAGUGCCGAGCUUUUGCAAAGGCUUUGCAUUACAAAGAAAUGGAAUUUGAAGGUGCACAAGCAAACAGGAUGGAAGCAAACCCUGUAGCUGUAGUUGAAGCUCUGAUUCAUAUAAAUAAUCAAUUGCAUCAGCAUGAGGCUGCAGUUGGGAUUUUAACUUAUGCCCAACAAAAUUUGGAUGUACAGCUUAAAGAGUCAUGGUAUGAAAAACUGCAACGAUGGGAGGAUGCCCUCAUUGCAUAUGAAGCGAAAGCCUCUCAGGCAUCUAACCCUCAUCUAAUUCUGGAUGCCACACUAGGUAGGAUGCGAUGUCUUGCUGCAUUGGCUCGUUAUGAAGAACUUAACACUUUGUGCAAGGAAUACUGGGCACCUGCUGAGCCAGCUGCUCGACUGGAGAUGGCACCUAUGGCUGCAAACGCCGCCUGGAACAUGGGUGAGUGGGAUCAGAUGGCUGAAUAUGUUUCUCGACUGGAUGAUGGUGAUGAAACUAAACUUAGGGUGUUGGGAAAUACUGCUGCUACUGGUGAUGGAGGUAGUAAUGGCACAUUUUUUAAGGCUGUUUUAUUAGUCCGCCGUGGGAAGUAUGACGAGGCUCGUGAAUGUGUUGAGAGGGCAAGGAAAUGUCUAGCCACUGAGCUUGCUGCUCUGGUAUUAGAGAGCUACGAACGCGCAUACAGUAACAUGGUUCGUGUUCAGCAGCUGUCAGAACUUGAAGAGGUUAUCGAUUACUGUACUCUUCCGGUUGGAAAUCCUGUUGCUGAAGGGCGCCGGGCUCUUAUUCGCAAUAUGUGGAGCGAACGCAUUAAAGGCACCAAACGAAAUGUUGAGGUUUGGCAAGCACUUUUAGCAGUUAGGGCACUUGUACUACCUCCUACAGAAGACAGUGAAACUUGGCUCAAGUUUGUAUCACUUUGCCGAAAAAGUGGUAGAACUAGUCAAGCAAGGUCAACUUUAGUUAAACUCUUACAGUUUGACCCUGAAACUGCUCCUGCAAAUGCGUCAUAUCACGGACCACCUCAAGUGAUUCUAGCUUACUUAAAGUACCAGUGGUCAGUUGGAGAUGACAAUAAGCGUAAGGAAGCCUUUUUUAGACUCAAGGAUUUAGCAAUGGAGCUCUCAAGUAUACCAAGCCUCCAACCAGCCACAUUCAGUAGUUUGAUAGGUGUUUCAAGUGAACCACUUAUUGCUCGUGUAUAUCUGAAACUCGGGACUUGGCAGUGGGCUCUUUCUCCUAGUCUGGAUGACGGAUCCAUACAAGAAAUCCUCAGCUCAUUCAGAAAUGCCACUUAUUGCGCUAAAAAUUGGGCAAAAGCAUGGCAUACGUGGGCACUAUUUAAUACAUCAGUGAUGUCGCAUUACACUACAAAAGGUCUUCCCAAAGUUGCCGGACAGUUUGUUGUUGCUGCAGUCACCGGAUACUUUCACUCUAUAGCCUAUGCUGCAAAUGAUAAAGGAGUGGAUGACAGUUUGCAGGAUAUACUCCGUCUUCUUACAUUGUGGUUCAACCAUGGAGCUAAACCAGAGGUUCAACUGGCUAUGCAAGAAGGUUUUGCGCAUGUUAAUAUCAACACAUGGUUGGUUGUUCUGCCACAGAUAAUUGCUAGAAUACACUCCAAUAAUCAUGCAGUCAGAAAAUCGAUACAGUUACUACUAGUGCAAAUUGGACGUAAUCAUCCACAGGCACUCAUGUAUCCUCUGCUGAUGGCGUGUAAAGCAAGUAGCCCCCUACGCAGAGCUGCUGCUGAAGAAGUGGUUGAUAGAGUUCGUCAACAUAGUGGUGUUCUAGUGGAUCAGGCACAACUUGUAUCAAAGGAGUUGAUUAGGGUUGCCAUACUUUGGCACGAAAUGUGGCAUGAGGCAUUGGAAGAAGCUAGUCGUUUAUAUUUUGGCGAACAUAAUGUGGAGGGAAUGCUAAAUGUCUUAGAACCAAUGCAUGAAAUGCUUGAAGAAGGGGCAAUGCAGAACAGUGCCACUGCAAAAGAGAAGUCUUUUAUUCAGACAUAUCGCCAUGAAUUGCUGGAAGCCUAUGAAUGCUGCAUGAACUAUAAGAGAACCGGAAAAGAUGCUGAACUAACUCAGGCUUGGGAUCUUUAUUAUCACGUCUUUAGACGAAUUGAUAAGCAGCUUAUUACUCUAACCACACUGGACUUACAGUCUGUUUCCCCAGAAUUGUUAGAAUGCCGCAAUUUGGAGCUGGCUGUUCCUGGAACCUAUCGAGCAGAUUUACCAGUGGUGACUAUUUCUUCAUUUUCACCACAACUUGUUGUUAUUACAUCCAAGCAACGCCCUAGAAAAUUGACAAUGCAUGGAAGUGAUGGAGAAGACUAUGCCUUCCUUCUGAAAGGACAUGAAGAUUUACGCCAAGAUGAACGUGUGAUGCAACUUUUUGGAUUGGUGAACACUCUUUUGAAGAAUUCUAGAAAAACUUCAGAGAAGGAUCUAUCAAUUGAACGAUAUGCUGUUAUUCCAUUAUCUCCUAAUAGUGGGUUAAUAGGAUGGGUGCCCAAUUGUGAUACUCUCCAUGAUCUCAUUAAGGAGUAUAGGGAUGCACGGAAGAUCCCUAUAAAUCAAGAACAUAAAUUAAUGCUUGCGUUUGCUCCGGACUAUGAUCGUUUGCCACUUAUAUCUAAAGUAGAGGUGUUUCAGUAUGCUCUUGAUAAUACUGAAGGCAGUGACAUGGCAAGGGUUCUUUGGUUAAAGAGUCGCACUUCAGAGGUCUGGUUAGACAGAAGAACAAAAUUUACCAGAAGUUUGGCGGUAAUGAGCAUGGUUGGCUAUGUUCUUGGCCUAGGUGACCGACACCCUAGCAAUCUUAUGCUGCUUCGGUCAAGCGGAAAAAUACUUCACAUUGAUUUUGGGGAUUGCUUUGAAGCUUCAAUGAAUCGUGAGAAAUUCCCUGAGAAGGUCCCAUUUCGCCUUACCAGAAUGCUUGUGAAAGCUAUGGAAGUUAGUGGUAUAGAAGGCAACUUUCGUUCAACAUGUGAAAAUGUAAUGCAAGUUCUCAGAACGAACAAAUAUAGUGUAAUGGCUAUGAUGGAGGCCUUUGUCCAUGAUCCCCUAAUUAAUUGGCGUCUUUUCAACUUCAAUGAAGUCCCGCAAAUGUCAACUCCUGCAGCUGCUCAUGUUCCAUCGGUUGUAAAUAUCGAUGAAACAGCUUCUAGUCGAGAGUUGCUUCAACCACAGAGGGGUGCUCGCGAGAGAGAACUUCUUCAAGCUGUUCAUCAGCUAGGUGACGCUAAUGAGGUUCUGAAUGAGCGUGCUGUAGUGGUUAUGGCACGCAUGGGUCAUAAGCUUACAGGACGUGAUUUUACCUCAUCUUCUUUGGCGCCAGCUAACUCUAUACAACAUGCACUCGACCACAGUAACUUAAUUUCUGGAGAGAGUCAUGAAGUUGAGCAUGGACUGUCAGUCCAAUUACAAGUUCAGAAGCUGAUUCUGCAAGCUACCUCGCCCGAAAACCUGUGUCAAAACUAUGUCGGGUGGUGUCCAUUUUGGUAAAUGAAGAAAUAUCUCAGGACUCUGUAUAUAUGUUGUACAUAAGAUGAAGCUUUGUUGUUUGUACCUUGUUUAGGCCUUCUUUUAUCCUUAUUUGUGUACUGUAUAUAACAUACCCAUCAAAGUUGUGUACAUAUGUAAAAUGGUACAUUCGAACAGUUAGGAAGCUGUAUUGCAAGGUAGCAGAGUACAAAGGCUGAUUAUUCUAGGUGUAUAUAAAUCCAGCUCGUUACUAGAAACUUUUUAUCUGUAUAUUAAUGUUCUUACA